AUAGGAAUUUUAGAUAAAACUUGGUUUCUCUCCAUCAAACAAUAUGAUGAAGAUUUGUUUGAUGGCUUCUCAUGGGUAUCCUCAGCGCCAGGGCCUUGUUCUACACCAAGAGCAAGGCGUUAGGAUCAAGGAGUGUGGAUCUUUAAUUCCAAGUCAGAUAACGAAACAAGACAUGGUACGGAUAGGCUCCUUUGAUCUGAGGACCAACCGAUUCGAGGAGCUGCCAAAACCAGUUACUGCACUGCCUGAGCCUAAACUGAUUAUCGAUGUUGAUCUGAUGCUACAAAAGCCUGUGAUUAUCAAUAAAUCAGAUGCUUACCUGGAUACAGAACUGCUUGGCUUUGGGAUAGCUGAAAAGUGCACGAGACAUGAAAAAAUCCUGAAGUUUCUUAUGUCUGGAUCAAAUGAAUUAGAGAAAGGGGAACUUGAUUUAUCUUUGCUAUCUGAAUUGAUAGGACUUCAACCGGUGAUGUUUGGCAUGCAUCAACAACCUUAUGAUUCAUAUCUAAUUUAUCCAAGUCGCAAAAUUGAUUCCCAGAUGCCUCUCCCGGACUUUUUUGGAGAAAUGGUGCACAAUUCAAAAGUAGCUGUUAGCCCAGAUGGUCAAGUUAUACUUACAGCUUGUGGGACUGAGAUGAAAGACAUCCUUUCGAUCGUUGCUGAGUUUUACUUAUCAAGCAACUCAACUAAGUGGAGAAAGCAAUCAUCACUGGUCCCGUACUUUGAUCGGAAACAGAUCAUGAAAGCACGUACUGAUACUAACCUGACUUCUCCAAAGUUUGAAGUUGCGAGUAUUGCACCUCUGGAGAGUCCUGAUAAAAUCAAGCUGAAGCCAUACCCAAAGAAGGGGUCUAAGAAGUUAGGCAGGGAGAGAGAUCUCUACAGGAAGAACUAUUUCCAUGCGUGUGAGUGCCUUCUUUCCUUGAUGGUUGAUAAGAGACGGCUUGGCAGAACAGCAGUUCUUUCCCUUAAGAAAUCCGGCCCUGAACUUCCUCAGCUCUUGACCCAAUUCUCUGCUAGCAUUGCUGGGGCUGGUCUUGCUGUUCUUUUCUCUGUUAUUUUUAAGGUUGCUUGUGGGAGAGUUCCAUUUGAUACAUCUAAACUAUUUAGCACUGGCCUCGCCUUUGGGCUAGUUUGGCUCUCACAGUCAGUCAACCGACUGAGGGACACGGUCAUACAUAUCAGCAAGAAUACUAGCAAGUCGGAUAUGCAGAAAGAGGAGAUAAUUAAGAGAGUGGAGAGAAGUGUUAAUCAAAUCUAUUUCAGAGCUGCGACCUUGAUGGCUGUAGCGGUGCUGAAGUUUGUAUGAACUUUGACUUCUGAUGCUGCAACAUUGAUCUUAGACGUCGAUAUCUAAAGAACAGAGGGGAUGUGUGUUUUGGGGGGGGGUCUACCUUGAGCACAUACGAGGACCUGAUCUCUGCACUUAUGUAUAGCUAUCAUUAUUUUGUAAAUGGAGAGGUGAGAGCCAAGGAGUUUACCAGUACUACUGCCUGCCUUGGGGGAAAAAAAGAACCAUACCUUCCAUGUUAUGAUGUUAAUAACUACAAUUUUGUCUUUGUACU